CACUUCUGCAUUCAUUCAUUCAUUCCUGUGUGCCGCUCUCUCUCUCUCUCUCUCUCUCUCUCUGCCCUAUGCUCUCUGGCUAACCCAUUCACAACCUCUAAUGGCAGCCAUUAAUCUCUUCAAAUCCCAAUUUCUUUCUUAAAAUCCUUUUUCAAUACAUCUUCUUAUCUGAUCUGGGUGUUUCUGUUUAACGCUCGGAUCAUAGUUUUUCACCACUUCUUGCAGUAUUUGCUUCCUUGCCUCCGCUCUAGUUCAAGCUAUUGAUAGCAAUAAACCCAUCUGAUUUUUGGGUUUCCUUCAAUUGUUCUAUUGGUAAACCAGAUUUUUUGAAAUGGGCUUCGUCGUAGUGCAAAUGACCGCAGUUUCAUACGAGAUGGAUUUGAUUUUCUAGCAAAGGUUAGAUUUCAUUUUGCGUUGGUUAGCGGCUGGACAGUGUCACUUCGAGUUCUGUGAUUGUUUCUUGAAAUCUUCCUCUGUUGCAUGAAAUUUAUAUAAAAAAGAGUUAGGACUAUGGGUAGAGGUAGAGGAAAAGGGAAGAAACAGAGUACUCUAGCUUAUCGUGAGGAUCCUGGAAGUGGUGAGGAAGAAAAGACUCCACCACACAAGAGAAGGGGAAGGCCACAAAAACCACUGAAGGAUGAAAUUGAGGAAGAAGAACGAGCUGAGAAGAUAGAACAAGAAGAAGAAGAAGAAGAAGAAGAAGGGGAGAAUUCAAAAGGCUCUAUCUCAAACAAACAUGUUAAAAAUCAGGCAGCUGUGGAGACUGGGAGGAAGAGGAAGAGGUCUUCACAGGCUAAGGAAAAUCCGGGUUCUGUCAAAGAGGAAAAUGGUGUGGGAACAAAAACUAGAACUGAUGAUUCAGUGAAGUCCGUUGGGUUCAGACAAAAUGGAAGCAGACGGAAGAACAAGCCUCAGAGAGCUGCUGAAGUUGGUGUGGAAUGCACAUGAGGUUUCUGCCCUCCUUGCAAUUGGUUUCUACCUUCCUUUUUCUGUCGGAUACAUUAGUAGUUUGAGAGUUACUUUUUGUUGGUUCGUAUAUGUUAUAUUUCUUCUUAUUUGUGGCUAUUUUUCCAUAUGAUCCUAAUUCCAUUUCCUUGCCAAUGCACAGUCUUAUUCUGAGCUUUAAAGUAGAUUAUAUUGCUACAAUUGUCUAUUGUGAUGCCAACAUUGAACAUCUUUUUCCCUUGGCUAGCAAAAUAUGUUGCUUAUUCUGCAAUCAUCUUAAUUA